CCACAAACCUACAGCACUGACUGCAUUCAGAGAGGGAACCUGCAAAGAAAACUUCACAGAAAACUUUUUGUUCUUGUUCCAGAGAAUUUGCUGAAGAGGAGAAGGAAAAAUCCAAACCAAAUCAAACCAAACAAAAAACCUGUGCGUGAGGGGGGAGGAAAAGCAGGGCCUUUAAAAAGGCAACCACAACAACUUUUGCUGCCAGGAUGCCCUUGCUUUGGCUGCGAGGAUUUUUGUUGGUGAGUGGCUGGAUUAUAGUGAGCAGUUCCCCCACCCUGGGGUCCCAGGGGCACAGUGUGGACCCUGCCUGCCCGUCCUGUGCACUGACUACCCUUCCCAAGGAUGUACCCAACGCUCAGCCGGAGAUGGUGGAGGCCGUCAAGAAGCACAUUUUAAACAUGUUGCACUUGAAGAAGAGACCCGAGGUCACCCAGCCGGUGCCCAAGGCGGCACUUCUGAACGCGAUCAGAAAGCUCCAUGUGGGCAAAGUGGGGGAGAACGGGUAUGUGGAGAUAGAGGAUGACAUCGGAAGGAGGGCAGAAAUGAAUGAACUGAUGGAGCAGACCUCAGAGAUCAUCACAUUCGCAGAAUCAGGUACAGCCAGGAAGACGCUGCACUUUGAGAUUUCCAAAGAAGGCAGUGACCUUUCAGUGGUGGAGCGUGCAGAAAUCUGGCUCUUCCUAAAAGUCCCCAAGGCCAACAGGAACAGGACCAAAGUCACCAUCCAUCUCUUUCAGCAGCAGAAGCAUCCACAGGGCAGCUUGGACAUAGGGGAUGAGGCCGAGGCAGUGGGCUUAAUGGAGGAGAGGAGUGAACUGUUGAUAUCAGAAAAGGCAGUAGAUGCUCGAAAGAGCACCUGGCACAUCUUUCCUGUAUCCAGCAGUAUCCAGCGGUUGCUGGACCAGGGCAAGAGCUCCCUGGACAUUAGGAUUGCCUGUGAGCAGUGCCAUGAGACUGGUGCCAGCCUUGUGCUCCUGGGCAAGAGGAAGAAGAAAGAAGAGGAGGGGGAAGGAAAGAAAAAGGCCGGAGGAGAAGGAGGGGUGGGAGGAGAUGAGGAGAAGGAGCAAUCCCAUAGACCUUUCCUCAUGCUACAGGCCCGGCAAUCUGAAGACCAUCCUCAUCGGCGGAGGCGGCGGGGCUUGGAGUGUGAUGGCAAGGUCAACAUCUGCUGUAAGAAACAGUUCUUUGUUAGUUUUAAGGACAUUGGCUGGAAUGACUGGAUCAUCGCUCCCUCUGGCUAUCAUGCCAACUACUGUGAAGGCGAGUGCCCAAGCCAUAUAGCAGGCACAUCGGGGUCAUCACUCUCCUUUCACUCAACGGUCAUUAACCACUACCGCAUGCGGGGUUACAGCCCCUUCUCCAACCUCAAGUCAUGCUGUGUGCCCACCAAGCUGAGACCCAUGUCCAUGUUGUACUAUGAUGAUGGGCAAAACAUCAUCAAGAAGGACAUUCAGAACAUGAUAGUGGAGGAGUGUGGGUGCUCGUAGAGAGGACAGUGGCAAA